GUGGUUUCAAUCGAUACAUAUCAUCAUCAACUGGACCAUCUAUUCGACCAAUAACAUCUGAAUCACAAGGAUUAAUAGAUCUACAUCAAGGUAGACGUACCUUAGCUAAAGCACAACAAAUUCGUCAUACAUCAUCAUCAUCAUCACUAAUCGAUGAUGAUCCACGUUUUGUAAUGAGUAGCAAUAAUAAUACUACUAAUGAAUCAAAAUUCUUAAUUUCUGAUUAUCAAGGUCUAGUUAGACAAUUUAGCAGUGGUGGUGGUGGUGCUGUUCGUUUACAAACUCCGUUAGUAGUGGAUGAAGAAACUUUAGCUUUAGAUCGUGCUGUAACAGAAGCCAAUGUUAAAUUAGACAUGAUUAAUGCUCAAAUUGCUUCAAUUCGAUCUGAGGCACAAGAAUUGGAAUCACAAAUUAAUUCAUUAAAGUCGGAAUUAAUCACUUAUCAAGAAAUUGUCGAUCGUGGUUCACCAGUCAUUAGUUCUCCAUACUCGUUAUCAUUACGUAAUAAUGCAGAUUUUGAUUUGAACAAUAAAACAUUUGUCAAUAAAUUUCUACGUAAAAAUAAUCAUAAGAAAACUGAUAAAGAUUAUCAUACAACAAGUACUACUGGUGCUACUGCCGCUGCGGAUGCUCAUCAGACGACGACAACAACUGUGUUACCACAAAGUUUACCAUAUGUAAAUGCUUAUGCAUGGCCAUUGCCGAAUUCUAUAAUGCGAGAUCAACCCAGCAGCGGUGAACAGCGACAACAUUCGAUUCUGCCCAAAUCCUCUUUAUUCCGAUUGGAUCCUCAUAAUUUACGUCUUGCUAUACUAUAUGCUGGUCGACGUGAGCUUCCUGGCUAUGAUGUUGAAAAGAAACGACUUUCACAUAUCAAUUGGUCAUAUCCUAGUUCAAGGCCAAAUUUUGCAGAAUGUUGGCGUUUUCGUCUUAGUCAAAUACGAAUUAACAAUUGCCAAAAAGAUAUGAAUAGCUAUUCAUUCGGAUUGGAUUUAGCUAAUAUUGCUUUACUUUUACGUACAUUAUGGCAUUGUAUUCGAUGGGAUGAUAUGUUAAUGGAACCGGAUAAAGAUCUUUGUGUGCAUGACUCGAAUGGACGACCAUGUUUUAAAAAAACUCUACAUAUUGAUGAUGAUGAUGAUGAAGAUGACGAUGAUGUUAUUGGUGGUGGCGGUGGUGUUAGUAACGUUCCCGGAAAACAUGAUGAUAAUAAACCGUAUAGCGUACGACGUAUAGUUGAAAUUCAACCUCUU